AUGGAGGAAGACCGGUUGCGAGUGAUUCAUCUGCGGAAGCAAGGCUGGGCGAAGGCUGAGAUCGCAAAUGACAUCGGGCGCUCAGAGCGUUUUGUCGCUCGGUGGUGGCAGCUGGAGCCCUUGGCAGUUCCGCGGCCGCCGGGCGUUCAUCAGUACUUGGCGCAUAGCAUGAUUGGCGACCAGAAGGUCGACCGGACCGACAUGUGGCGAGGCGUCGAGAUUGUGCGGGGCUUCUUCAAAGAUACGACCGGGUUGUACGAGGAGGUCACGUCCAAGUUCACCUCGUGGAAGCAGGGGGCCUCGGAAACCAAAGAUUUCCGGACGGCCUCGUACUUCCUGCGCUACGACCGAGAGGGCAAAAUGCGGAUGAUGACCAUGAAGUCUGCUGGGUAUCAUUCCGGGGUGGUCCCCAGAUUAGACGCUCUGGUGGGCAAGAUUCAUCAGAAGGUUGGGAUCACGGAUCCCAAUCACGGCGCAGGAAUGUACUGGUUCUCCGAUGGGGAUGCGAGUGUUGGAAGCCACCGGCACGUCUUUUGGAGUGCGAGGGUCGCAUUGGGCGCUGAGCGCAUCAUGAUGGUGGACAAGACGCCGAUCCUCAUGCAGGAGGGAGACUUGGUGAUCAUCGGGCCCCAGCGACAUGGCGUUCCUUCAAUGCCUGAGAUCAGUGAAGGCAGCCUGAGGAUCUCCGUCCCCUUCAAGCCCCAGAAGAAGGUGCAGAAGCAGCCCGAGAGGAGCGAAGAGGUGAGCCAGGAGGGUGAAGUGAUGGAUGAAGGAGAGAGUGGAAUGGAUGUAUGGGACCACCUGACAGGAGACGUGGAACCAGAAGACUUGCAAACCUUGAUCAGCAUGGGCUUCGAUGAAGCAGCUGCUGCUUCUGCCUUACAAUUCUUCGACGUCGAGGGUGCCAUCGAUGCCUUGACGAACAGUGACUUCAGCAGUGUACUCGCAGGGCUGAGCUCGGCUUCCCCUGAAGAUGACGUUGACGCCGCUCUAGCCAGGAAAAUGCAGAUGGAAGAGCUGCAAGACACGGAAGAUGCUGGGCUUCAGCAGCAGUUUGAGGAGUACGAGCGAUUGCUGGAAAUCGAUGACGCGGAGAGGUCCUGGGACGGCUAUGGAGACUUGAUGCACAAUUCGUUGCGGAGGGCCAGCUUGAACCUGGACAUGCUGGGACCUCAGACGUUGUACUCUCUGGGCGCGACGGCUCAGACGGAGAAGCAGUUCUUCGAAGUUUUGUCCCUGCAUUCCAUCCGAAUUCUCUAUGACUUUCGGCCCACGGAUUAUCGGGACGAGGUGCGCAGCCGGGCCCCACACUUCGAGGUGCGCACGCUGAAGUCCAACUGCCGGCAGCGCCACAUCCACUACCGCCACGUGGCGGUGGGUAAAGAGAGCGCCUUUGGGGUGCUGAGGCACAUGCAGAGCGACGAGGUGCAGCACAUCUUGGUGGAGCUGGUGUGGCAGGCCAAGCACAGGGGUGUCACCUGCUUCCUGGGACUGGAGGACUGGCGAGAGGAUGGCGUGCGCUUGGCAGUGGCAGAGGAGCUGGCCAAGCACGGGCACCGGGUGCGGCACCUGCUUUCUGACGGCUCAGAGGAGCCCCACGAAACCGGCGCGGGGAUGCCCGACUUCUUGGUGCAGGAGGAGGCCCGGCUCCGCAAGGUCCAGGCGCAGCGCAAGGCCGGGGAGCUGCGGGGCCCCGAGAAGUCGGCGGUGGAGCGCUCCACGGAGGCGGUGGCCAGGUCGUUGGCCAGCGCCAAGGCCCAGGUGGAUGUGGGCGCAGAGCUUCGGGAUGCCGAGAACCAAGAUGCCUUGGUGAAGGCUCAGAAGCGCAUGGUCCGUAUGCAGGUGACCGAGGGCAAGAAAGAGCCGGGGCUGAACAAAAAGGAGCUGGUGGGGCUUCCCGCGCACCUCCUGCGCGAAGCUGCCGCUGUGCGUGAGCGGAUGGAGUCCAAGAAGGGUGAGAAGAAAGAUGGCGGCGUGGUUGCGAACGUGUCUGGCAGAGGUGAAGAACCGCCGGCGUCGAACGCUGCAUCCUCAUCUUCCGGACCGGCUCUGCCUGCGCCCAGUGAAGCUGCGCCGGGAGGAUAUCCGGUUCCCGACUCCCACCCCGAGCGCCGCUGGGGAAAGGCGGAGAAGGAGGUUCUCGAGGGCCAGGAAAAGCGGCGCUGGGGACGACGAGAUGCGAACCCCAACCCGGGGUGA